AUGCAGUAGUGUCAUUACCUGGCUGAAGACUAAACAUGAGAAUAGCAGGUAAGCAUGCUCACUGAAAUCAGAUUUUGUCCUUUGCGCAAAAAGGUGUGAACAGCUUUAACAAGUUGUGACAAUAAUGGAAGGUUUCAAAGUAAACAUAAAUGGAACAGCAACUCCUGUUCUGCCAGUUAACUGAAACUUGAUUGAGAAUUUGGGAUGGUCUAAGAGGGAGCAGCUGGUUACAAAUGCUUCAGCUUAUCUGUGGUGGCUGCUUAAGGAGCUGUGACAUAAUCUUUGGCUACUAAUCAUGUAAGAUGAUGAGAGAAUAAGGAAAUGGUGAAUUAAUGGCUUCUUCUCUGUCCCACACCAUGACCAAAGAGUGCCAUGCACUUUUUAAAUACAGUGUCUGAAACCCUGAAUGGUUACAGAGAGUUUGAAGGCUGUGAAGCCUUUUAUUAAAGGUAAGAUACUUCAGUACAGUGUUUGAGCAAUUUCAUUAGGCAGAAGGUGUAGCUGUUAUAAAAAUAAGAUCUCAUUGCCAGUAUAGUACUAUGGGAAACUAUUACUUCAGGCGCUUCAGUUCAGUAGAAUAGCCUGUACAUUUGUGAGCAGUUGUGGUGUUUUGAUGUCUUGCACUUUAAUCAAAAGCAGUAAUUAAUGUUGCAGAAGGAACAGCUGUUGACUUCCCUAGGAGUCAGCAACACUUUCUUUUCUAGGAGGAUUGCACUUCAGCCUUAUUGAUAAAUCAGUCUUUUUUUGUCACUACUGUUGUUGGACAGUGUACACUUAUGGAACCUCAGGGAGUGUAACUGGGAACAACCCAUUAAAGCAAAACUGCUGAAGAACUGGGAGAAUGCUGUAAUUUUUAAAAGGCUGAAAAACUGCCUGGAAGAUGACUUUUCCAAGCCUUUCUUCUUCCCUAUUCCAGGCAGUUACUUUUGUUACUAAGUCCUACAAACAAAAAGAUAUGACAGCUCAUAUAGAAGAUUGAACUUGUAGCAUACAGGCUUGCUUUCAUUCAAAUACUGCAAGGAUAUUCAAGGAGAUUUCCUACCUCUUUUAAGUAAAGGGAGCACUUAAAAUUCAGUUGAGAGGGGGCAAGAUGUAGGUGGGAGAGGUCAGCUUGUUUGUACUCAUUCAUCUUGCAUACUGUCUACAGAAACAUACUGCUCUUCAAGUACCACUUUCCAAAUUCUGGUACCACCUUCUCGAGUAAAGUUACUUUGAAGUCCUUUUUUUCUGCUUCUUGUUGUACAUUUGGAUCAUCUGUUUUCUCUAGUUCUUGCCUGUGGCUCACUUUCCUUCAUAUGCAGUUGUCUUUGGAGUUCCACUGUCAUAUUUUUAAAUCCAGUUUGCAUCUGUGUUUUCUUGCACAGUAUACAUAUACUCACACAUGCAGUGGGAGACGAAGUCCAAACUGCAAGCAAACAAAAAAGUUUUUUAUUUCCUUUUGAAAGCUACAAAACCUCCAAGAUACAAAUGUGGGAUCUCUAAAGCUUGUCCUGAAAAGCAUUUUGCAUUCAAAAUGGCAAGUGGAGCAGCAAAUGUAGUUGGACCUAAAAUUUGUGUAGAAGAUAAUGUAUUAAUGAGUGGAGUUAAAAAUAACGUUGGCAGAGGAAUAAAUGUUGCCUUGGUCAAUGGUAAAACAGGAGAACCAUUAGACACUAAAUUCUUUGACAUGUGGGGAGGAGAUGUGGCACCAUUUAUUGAAUUUCUUAAAUCCAUACAGGAUGGAACCAUUGUGCUCAUGGGGACAUACGAUGAUGGUGCAACCAAGCUUAAUGAGGAAGCACGGAAACUGAUUGCUGAACUGGGAAGCACAUCCAUCACUAACCUUGGCUUUAGGGACAAUUGGGUCUUCUGUGGUGGAAAAGGAAUUAAAACUAAAAGUCCCUUUGAGCAGCAUAUAAAGAACAACAAGGACACAAACAAAUAUGAAGGCUGGCCGGAAGUUGUUGAGAUGGAAGGUUGUAUCCCUCAGAAGCAAGACUAAACCUACAGGAAAGGAAAGGAAGAAAAUGCACUUUCUGCUAUUAUUAGGGAGAGGGCUGUGAAGGAGACUGUACUGUAAAUAAUAUUUUUAAAGCAUGCAGCCAUCCUGUCGGUGUGUGCAUGAGCACUGACAUCUUGAAUAUUGGGAUUAUUUAUUGCUAACACACAUAAAAUCCUUUUUGUAAAUAUGUUCAAAGUAAAAGGAACAUCAAAUAAUUUCGAAACAGAUUUCCUAAAAGCACAGUAUUUAGUUUGCCUAUGGUGAGCAUCUUAUAGACCAACUGGCUAAUAAAUUGCAUAUGCCAAUAAUAAACAGAUCCGGACAAAUGUUGUACUGUCUUCUAACAUUGCUGUGAGAAUGUAACCUUUGUGGAAAAUAUAGAUUUUAGAGGUAAGUUAAUAAAGAGCUUUAAUUUUUUUUAUCCUCUGCCUUUUUAAUGGCAGCAUCACUUUUUAUUGAAACUAAUUGGUUAUUCUAAUACCAAGUGCUAAAAAAAAAAUAUUUUGUAGUCUCCCACCAUAACCGAAUACUCUGCAAAGGAGGAAAACAUGAUAGUGAAAUACAGAUAUACCAUGAAAAGCACAAUAUAAGUUAUUUUUACUAGGGGAAGAGCAAAGGUAAAUGUAUAAAUAGUGUAUGUGAUACAUAAAAGCAGCUUGGAAGGAUUGUUGCUCAGCUUGAAAAUGUACUUUCUUUGUAUAAGAGACUUGGAAUGUUAAACAGCAGUACUUGAACAAGCAACUUGUUCAUUUUUUUUUUUUGUAACAAUUUUUGUACUGCUACUUAACCUCUGAGUCUACCUAUGGCUGUUCAGCCUUGCUGGCUAGUCACAUUGUAAAUGUGUGUAAUGGGAUGCCUUCCUGCUGUAGUUGUAACCCUAGAAAUUUUCCAUUGCAAAGAACCCAGCAGAAAGCAGUCUGCCUUCUAGUGAGAGUUGUCCAGGGUACAGUAUUACGAAUCUUUACUGCCUGUGUUACAUCUAAUGUGGGGUCAUUUGUGCUUACAGUGAUAUUAGAGAAAGCGUUGCCUCUUUGGUUAUGCAAUCUAUGAUAUUCAAACUUAAAUGAUGAUGCAUCUUCAUUUUUUUCAAUGCAAAAAAAAAAAAAGGACCAAGUUGAAGUGGCCUUAUUCUUUAGCUCAUGUCAGAGCUGUCAGAAAACAUAGCUUCAUUUUUAGGUAGGGCCAGCUUGAACUUUCACUGAAACUAAGUUAGCGUGUUAUAAAUUAAAUUGGUGGUAUACAAAAAAUGGGGGAUGUUACAGAAUUGAUUGUAAUCUCUUGGAGUUUUACGUCAUGAGUUACGGUUUAAUCUUCAGAAACUUCCAGGUAGUACUGUGGGAUUAAAGCCACAAAGGAUUUUUCAGGAACCCACAAUGUAAGUGGCACCCAAAUGUUCCUAUUGUUGGUAUGUCUUCUGAGAUGAACUCAAUUGUGUGCACUAAAAAAAAUGUCAAGCAAUAUUGGGAAUUGCUUUGCAAGUCAGAUAACCUGUGAUGUCAGAGUAAGACUGGAUUCUGAGCUGUUCUGUACGUUUAAGUAGCUUGUUAAAUAAUGUGGCUUUCCCUCAAGUUUAAUGUAGAGCAGCAAUAAAAGCACCUUAUGUGGUGAAAUUGUUUUUGUUAAAUCUUUCAGGUUCUCUUGUUUAGGAGGAUGUGUCAAGUGGAUGUCAAAAGGAUGUGUCAAAAUCAUAUGUAUCUUUUACAUGAAAUGGAGUAAAACACCUCAUUUCUAUCCAUUGGAAAAUAAAUUUUAUUUCAUAACAUCAGGUUGUUGUGGAAAACUAAUUGCAAAGUCCUGGAAUUCUCACAUGAAUAAAUUUUUAUUUGUAAGUAA